AUGUCUCAAAGGCAGCCUCAGUCACCUAAUCAGACUUUAAUUUCUAUCACAAAUGACACAGAAUCAUCAAGCUCUGUCGUCUCCAACGAUACCACACAUAAAGGACGGACCGGAGACAACUCUCCAGGAAUAGAAGCCCUGUGUGCCAUCUAUAUCACUUAUGCUGUGAUCAUUUCAGUGGGCAUCCUCGGAAAUGUUAUCCUCAUCAAAGUCUUUUUCAAGACUAAAUCCAUGCAGACAGUUCCCAAUAUUUUCAUCACCAGCCUGGCUUUUGGAGAUCUGUUGCUUCUGCUGACGUGUGUGCCUGUGGAUGCAACCCACUACCUGGCAGAAGGAUGGCUGUUUGGAAAGAUCGGUUGUAAAGUGCUUUCCUUCAUCCGGCUCACUUCUGUCGGGGUGUCAGUGUUCACGCUAACAAUUCUCAGUGCUGACAGAUACAAAGCAGUCGUGAAGCCACUUGAGAGACAACCCUCCAAUGCUAUUCUGAAGACCUGUGCAAAAGCUGGUGGCAUCUGGAUCAUGUCUAUGAUAUUUGCUCUGCCAGAGGCUAUAUUCUCAAAUGUGUACACUUUCCAAGAUCCUAACAGAAAUGUCACUUUUGAAUCUUGUAACUCCUACCCUGUCUCUGAGAGGCUUUUGCAAGAAAUACAUUCUCUGUUGUGCUUCCUGGUGUUCUAUAUUAUCCCUCUCUCUAUUAUCUCUGUCUAUUACUCUUUGAUUGCCAGGACUCUUUACAAAAGCACCUUGAACAUACCAACUGAGGAACAAAGCCAUGCCCGAAAGCAGAUUGAAUCCCGGAAGAGAAUUGCCAAAACAGUGUUGGUGCUGGUGGCUCUGUUCGCUCUCUGCUGGUUGCCAAAUCACCUCCUGUACCUCUACCAUUCAUUCACUUACCGAAGCUAUUCAGAGCCCUCUGCCAUUCCUUUCCUCGUCACCGUUUUCUCUCGGGUGCUGGCUUUCAGUAAUUCCUGUGUAAACCCUUUUGCUCUCUACUGGUUGAGCAAGACCUUCCAGAAGCACUUCAAAGCUCAGCUCUGCUGCUUCAAGGCAGACCAGACUGAGACGUCUCUUGGCGACACCCCUCUUGACAACCUCACUGUGAUGGGGCGGGUUCCAGGUACUGGGAGCACACAUGUGUCUGAAAUUAGUGUGACUGUGUUCGGUGGCUGUAGCACCAAGAAAGGAGAGGACAAGGAUUAG